AUGACGAGGUCUACAUACUCGAAAGAUGAUGAAGCUGUUGCUCAUCCAGUUAUUCAACCUAGUGCAAAUGUUGCUAAUAAACGUCUUCAACAAAUGCAAGCACAAGUUGACGAAGUUGUGGAUGUAAUGAGGACUAAUGUGGAAAAGGUACUUGAAAGAGAUCAAAAACUCUCUCAACUAGAUGACCGAGCAGGUAAUAGAAUAAGUUUCAGCAUUACACUAUAA